AUGUAUGCCUCGGCGAAGGUCCUGGCAACCGGCGCAACCGGAGCUUACUGCGUCCAACUUCACCCUUAUCGCAACAUAAAUACCAUAAGACGUCUCCAUUGGUGGGAUUCUUCGCCAUCUGCUGCGUUUACUGCGGGAUUCUGCCGUCAAGGACGCUGUUACAGCAUCCCGAGUGAUGGCAACACAUCUUCAAAUCCAAACAACGGAGCGUUGUUUAAACGUCAGAGAUACUUUCCAACUGCCGCAUAUCGCACAAAAAGUGACGAUGGGAUGAGGCGAGGUUUCUCCAGCGCAGCCACUUCUAGGUUGACGUGGAAGGACCACCUGCAGGAGGCUCGAGCAGCCCUCAGGGAGUGCGAUUUCGUGGCUAUAGACGUAGAAUACACAGGUUUACAUCUGAAGGAUGACCGAUUUGUGGGUUUGGAAAAAUGUUACGAAGCGCAUGCUUCUGGCGCCAAGCAGUUCGUGCCCUGCCAAAUAGGUCUAACUGCGGCCAAGUAUGUGGGUAAAGGACUGUGGAAGAUAACACCUACUUCUGUCUAUACCAUCCCAUCGUCAAACAAGUUCUUCCAGGUGAGCACCAGCACGCUGCAGUUCCUCAAGGACAACAACUUCGACUUCAACAGUUGGAUCCGGUACGGGGUGGAGCACCUCACGCCAUCUGAGGAGCGAGAUCGCAAGGCCAGCAUUGAGCUGCGCAUAAAGGAGCUUGAACAGCUGGUGAACAAUGUACCUCCGGGUCCACCAGCGGCAGCCAUCGAAUUCGACUUAUCCUCCCUGACGGCGGAGGACCGAUCGGUUGCCGAGGACGUGAUCGGUCGCAUUAAACAAUGGAUUAGCAAAGGAGAUGCUGAUCCACUAGAAAUUGAACUGGACAGUGCAUUCCAGCGUCUGUUGAUGCAUACCAUCAUAGGCCAGCAGUUCCCUGAGGUCUACAGCCAUUCCGCCCGCCGGGGUGACGAGAAGGUGAUCUGCAUCUACAAAUCGCAGGUCGAGUUGUAUAAACAGCAAAAGCUGACACUCGAGGCUGAGCUCUCACGCAUCGACGAGGAUAUAGGUGUGAGAUUGCUCUUCGACGAGAUAUCCAAGCACGGGAAGAUCCUUGUGGGCCACAACUGUUUCUACGACAUGCUGCACAUCUACCAGACCUUCUAUGGCGAGCUGCCGGAAUCAGUGGAGGAUUUCCGCAAGCGGUGGACUGAUAAGUUCCGCAACACCCUCGACACAAAAUACAUCGCCGAGUUCCACGAUGUCGUAGCGGCGCCUCAGCAGUCCUCAACCCUAAAGGGCCUGUUCGACCACAUGUGCGCGACGGAGCCAACUCUACCCGGAGGGACAACUUUCUCGGUUCACCCUCUUCCAGGCACGUCCUGGGUUCUGCCCCCUGCAGUGCUUCCGCUGUUGGCGAAAACCAAGAGACCGGCGGAGAUUUCUGCAGACUCCUUCAAAGCAGCUGAUGUAGGUGCGACAGUAAUGCAGUCUCACGACGCGGGAUACGACAGUUUCAUGACAUGUGUAUUGUUCGUUUUGCAGGCCGGUCGCAUUCUCCGGGCCAAGCACGUUAACUGGGAUAAGUUGUAUACAUCUUCACCUGAUGGGUCCCUCAACACGCUGGGGCUACUUGAGCAUAUUGGAUCGUCAACCAAUUGCAUUCGCCUAGUGAAAUCGCAACCAAAUGCGAUAAACUUGUCGACUAACCGCGAGGGUGACAUGGAUCGUUACUUUCUAAUGACGGGAUACCCUAACUCGUGGAAGAAGUGGGAUAUCAUGAAGGUGUGGUCACCGCUGUGGGUUUCCGUCAGCGUCAUUGACAACACGUCGUGUUGGGUGAUAGUGAAGAAUGGCGAGGACAUCCGCAACAUAAACCUCAUAUAUCGCAUGAUGAAGAAUCCUCAGUUCAGGCUAGAGACCUAUGAGCAGUCGCGGAGCCGCAAAGCUGACACCGACGCUAGCGCUCCUCUCACUGCUUCGGACGACAAAUAG